UAUGUCAGCAGAAUUAGAGCUGCCUCCAGGGUUCCGAUUUCACCCAACCGACGAAGAGCUCGUCAUGCACUAUCUCUGCCGCAAAUGUGCUUCUCAGUCCAUCGCCGUUCCCAUCAUCGCUGAGAUCGAUCUCUACAAAUACGAUCCAUGGGAGCUUCCUGGUUUAGCCUUGUACGGUGAGAAGGAAUGGUAUUUCUUUUCUCCCAGAGAUAGAAAAUAUCCCAACGGUUCGCGUCCUAACCGGUCUGCUGGUUCUGGUUACUGGAAAGCCACCGGUGCUGAUAAACCCAUCGGUCUUCCUAAACCGGUCGGGAUUAAGAAAGCUCUUGUUUUCUACGCCGGCAAAGCUCCCAAGGGAGAGAAAACCAACUGGAUUAUGCACGAGUACCGUCUCGCCGACGUUGACCGCUCCGUUCGCAAGAAGAAGAACAGCCUCCGGCUGGACGAUUGGGUUCUUUGUCGGAUUUACAACAAAAAAGGAGCUAUCGAGAGGCGAGUACCACCGCCGAAUCCGGUUGUUUACGGGGGAGUCACCGACGAAAUCGUGGAGGAGAAGCCGAAGGUGACGGAGAUGGGGAUGCCUCCGCCGCCGCAACAGACGAGUGAGUUCGUGUAUUUCGACACGUCGGAUUCGGUGCCGAAGCUGCAUACGACGGAUUCGAGUUGCUCGGAGCAGGUGGUGUCGCCUGAGUUCACGAGCGAGGUUCAGAGCGAGCCCAAGUGGAAUGAUUGGUCGGCGGCUGUAAGUAAUAAUAACACCCUUGAUUUUGGGUUUAAUUACAUUGAUGCCACUGUGGAUAACGCCUUUGGAGGAGGAGGAGGGAGUAAUCAGAUGUUUCCGCUACAGGAUAUGUUCAUGUACAUGCCCAAGCCUUAUUAGUUCCCCCUUUCUUUUGCCUGCCGCAAAAAACGCAAAACCCAAAACGCUCCGUUUAGUUUUGCGUUUUAAUGGCAACACGAGACCGUUUUUAUGAUGGUCAAUGAGUGUGCCGAAUCGGUGGUGCUGCUGCCAUUUAGAUUUGUUGUUGUUGUUCGUUUGUUGUUUUAUAUAAGACCGUCAAGAUUUCAGGUAAUACCUGAUCGGACGGUGGUCAUUGUUGUUCGAUGUUGGUCAGUGUAUCUACUGUUAGGUAGAAAAAAACUCCACUUGUCUUUUGUUUCCGCUUUGGUGGUCAUAAAAGUCAAAAAAGCUAAGUAUCAAUUUAAUAGUUCCUUCUGCUUAA